GCUCUUGAAUACUUUAUUUCAAUACUAUUUGUCCAAACUAAUGAAUACUGUAGGUUUGAAAUCGAUUCUUCCAGAGAAAUUGUAUUCAUUUCAAAAGUGUUCGAAUUCAUUUUGAGGCUGUAUUCGAAUACUGUUCGAUUCUCCAUCUCCAAAAUAAAUACGAACGUUGUUGUUAGAUAGGUUAGGAAGUAAGGAAACGUCUAGGCAUAUUAAGUGGAAUUUUGUGCAGAAGUUGGUUUAUUUUCAUUACUGCUUUAUAAUAUUAAACAUAAAUUUUCUGUCAACUUAGUUUUUCAAUUUAUUUACAUUAAAUGUGUAGGUGUAUAUGCUGAAAUUCUUGGGUUUUUUAGCUCAUUAUAACAUAAACAUUAUGGAAGGUUAUAAAAUCCUAUGUUUAGUUGGUGAAGGAUCAUUUGGGAGAGUUUUUAAAGCUAAAAGACGUGAUACAAAAGAAGUGGUGGCAUUAAAAAUCAUCAGAAAGUGUGGCAGAACUCAAAAAGAGCUUUUAAGUCUUCGAAGUGAAUGCCAAAUCCAAAAACAUUUGCAUCAUCGAAACAUAAUACAAAUGAUAAAUUCUUUUGAGACCGAAAGUGAGAUUGUUGUUGUGACUGAGUUUUGUAAGCGAGAUCUUCAUUACAUUCUCACCAAACAGACCUAUUUGUCAGAAGAAGUAGCUCUACCCAUUGUUUGUGACUUGGUGUCUGCUCUGUAUUAUCUACAUUCUAACCGUGUAUUACACAGGGAUUUAAAACCACAGAAUGUAAUGAUAACAGAAGAUGGUGCUGCAAAAUUGUGUGAUUUUGGAUUUGCUCGGAGUAUGAGUAGAGGAACACACGUUUUGACCUCCAUCAAAGGCACUCCACUUUACAUGGCUCCAGAACUCAUUGAAGAGAGCCCUUACGAUCACAAUGCUGAUUUGUGGUCACUUGGAUGUAUAGUGUAUGAGAUGGUGGUGGGAGUGCCGCCUUUCACCACCAAUUCCAUCCUGCAGUUGGUCCGCAUGAUCCGUUACGAACCAAUCAGCUGGCCACCCUAUCUGUCACCACAUUGCCAAGCAUUCCUACAGGGUUUAUUACACAAAGAUCCCACCCAACGGCUCUCUUGGCCUCUCCUGCUGCAUCAUCCCUUCCUGCAGGAUAGAGUCAGCUCUUCCAUUGCAUCUGAAGUAUCACUACCCCUAACUAAGGAGUUGACAACGUCUCAGGCACUGGCUAAGGAAUCUCAGAAACAUGACUUGGCCAAAGUUGAUGCUAAUAAGAACCAAGGGCUUCCUCAGAAGAUCCAGCAGAUCCUAGACCAGGAGAAAAAGUUCUUGAAGGAGGGAGGAUGCCAGACUGAGGUGGAGGGAGCGAUAGACCUGGUCACUCUGGAGCAGAAACUGAGCAGAUUGAAGACUGCGGCUCAGGGUGAUGCAGAUACUCCACAAACAGGAGCAACCGCCACAGCCCAGCAACAGGACGACAGGGGCAGUGACAACACAGAUGAGGACAGUGCACGAGCCACAACUCCCCUGGAGACUGAGGAAUGGUUGGCAUUUCUGGUACAGAGCAUGAAGGAGGUUAUGACUGGAGAUGUCGAGAGCAUGUCAGAGAAGAGUUUCAUCACCAUGGUGACCAAUGCCCUGACCAACCAUGGCGCGACUCCCAAGGUUUCAGAGUAUAUUGCAUGUCUGUUGGCAUUGCCUUAUGUGACCCCUGGCGUCACCAAGUCUGAAUUGACCACUAUUGUAUCAGUCUACAUGGAGGUUAAGGUGGUGUCCAGCUUAAUGUUUGCCCUGAAGCUGUUGACCAACCGGGCAGGUUGCUCAGCAAGUCACGACAGUGUGAUUGAGGCCAACAAGCUGUCCGGGGACUACCUGAAGGCACUAGAGCGCGUUCUAGUCCUAGUCACACAGUUGGUACACUCCGACUCAGUGUUUCUCACCCAAUUCUGUGACGUCGUAGUCUUGCUGCGUCUUUCGCCUCGAUUACAUCUGCUGUUAACACUUUACAGGUUACAUCCCCAGACAACUGCCUAUGUGGUGGCUAUCCUUACCCAUAUUCUGCGGCAGAUGCCUGAGAACGCAAACAUCGUUGAUAACAGUGUGCGUCCCGAGGUCUCCUCAGGUGUUGACUGGUACAAAGUACUGAAGUAUGGGAACAAGACUCUACAGACUCGAGUGUGUUACCUGAUCAGCCUAAUGGCCCGCCACUGCCUCAGCACCCUACAGUCAAUGUGGAAUCCCAAAUUAAAAGACUAUAUCGAAGUUUUGGCUUAUGACUCAGUACAAAAACUAAGAUGUGCGGCAGAAGAUGUUGUGGAAGUUUUACAAGAGUUGCCAUUUUAUGAUCAGAAGGGAUCACAGGAACGUGAAAGUGUAUUAGUAGAUUCAUAGCAGUUAAACAACAUCAGUGAAUUAUGAGCAUAAACAGUUGGAGUUUGUUUUAUAUUUGGUGAAGCAUUUUGUUAACCACAUAGGCCGGAUUUUGUACAGGAUAUUUGUGGCCAUAUUGUGUGUAGGUUUUUUUAUAUUUUACUGAUAUUUUUGUUAAUACUAAGCAAGUGUACUAGUCUGAAUUAGUUGUAAAUAUUAUUACUAUUUUAAGGAAGUGUAGAAGUCGACUUAUUUUAACAAUUGUGGGCGCAAGGUACAGUGUGUGUGUGCUACCGCUCAGUAGACUAGAGGACAAAUCAUGCUGUGUCCUCUGUUUAGCAGUAAAGGUUUGGUGUUUUGUUGUUUUCACAGUAAUACAAUAAACCACUGAUAGAAUGAGCUCAGAUGUUAUGUUAAAUUAGUUCUGUUUGUAAAUGGUGGUCAGACAUGUCUUUUGUUCACUUCACAGCUUUAAAUAAAUGUGAGUAAAAUAUUUUAUUUCCUAUUUAUUAAAUUAGAUUUAUUUAUUUAAGAAAUUUUUAAACAAUGUAUAAAAAUUGUUUUAAAAUAGCAAUUAGUGCAAUAAACAACUGUCAUGAGUUAACUGCCACUGAAAAUAAUUUUGGAAAUAACAAGUUGUUUGUGCCUAGCUUCGAGGCAUAGACAAUACCAACUAGAAUAUGAGGCCUCAGUGUCUGCCCAGGUACAAAAAUCGCUAACAUAUCAUGUUUUUUCAAAUUAAUAAUAAGUGGCCAAACAAACAUUCUUAUAUUUAAUUUGGCAGUUGUUCAGUAUUCAAGAGAAACUGAAUAACGGAAUCAUCUAUACCUCUAGGUGAAUUAAAAAUAGUCUUUAAAAGUAACUUACUGUGGUUGUCGAUGGUAAUUAAAUGAGAAAUCUUUUGCUUAUAAACUCAAAGAUCAAUGUUUGUAUCCUAGUUUUAAUUUCUUGGUAUUUUCUUAUUAUAUCAAACUAAUCAUCUGGUAUUACCUUAAAUUACUGUAGUAAAUAGCUUCAAGCUAUAAAUCACAAAAAGAAUAAAAAAAACAAUCAAAACAUAAAAAUAGUAUACAGGAUAAUUGGGUGGUAAUUGGCUGAGUGUUAGUAAAACCUAUCAAUCAGAGGACUGGAAUAAUUUCUCUUCUGUUUAUCUGCCAGUGCACUUGACGUUUAAAAAACUAAUUGAGGUAUAGCCUUGAAAUUUUGCAUGAAGAUAGAGGCAAUAUCAAGUUCAAUGAUUGUGCAUGUCCCUCCAUGAGAUUUAGCUGAACUUUAGCAAGGAGGAACUCUUUGCAGGAUAUUUCGUGUACAGACAAAAUGCUUCUUCUGUCUGUCUUCCACAGAAUGUCUCGAUAACAAAUGAGUUUAGAGGUGAGAUUUUGCUGAAGCUUCUUAAUUUUUUCAUACAAGAUCAAGUUCAAAGAUGGUGCAUGACAUUCUGUGGUGAGUGUACAUGGAUUAGGCUGAGUGUUAGUGAAGCAUAUAACACAGGGGGAUAUAUCAAGGAUGAUUUGAUCUACAAACUUGAAAUGUUUGUAUUUUUUGCUGUCACUCAGGAAGCUAGCAAAUCUUUAUUUCGCUCUGAUUUUCUGUCUAACUGUCUGCAGGAAACCUUGAGAAUGAAUAGAUUUAUAGACAAACUUUUGCAUAGUUAAGACUGAGUUCAAUGAUAGUGCAUGUCAUUAAUUGUAUUACAAUAAUAAUUGUUAGUGUACUGUUUUUAAAGCUUACUUAAUAACAGGUAUUUUUAACUCUGUUUAACUCUUACUCCUUAGUUGUUGGAGGCAAUAAGCUAUUUCAUGUGGUACUGAAAGGGUUAAAUAUUCAGCAAAUGACUUCAAUCCUGCCAAUAAUCAACAAAAUAAUUUAGACAAUUGUUUGAAAAUUUUUUGUGAAUAGUUAUUUCCUGAUCACCAUGUAUCUAUGUAUUAUUACUUAUAUUUUGUAGAAAUAACAACCGUAGAGUUAAGAAAAUUAUCAACUCAAGUAUCCUUCGUCUCGCUAAUAAUUGUUUACAUUAUAGAUUUCUAUUUUAUUUACAAAGAGAUUUUUAGUGUGCCAAGAAAAAUGUACAAAGUUUAUUUCAAAUCAAUGAAAUAUUGCUAUUAUCAUAUAUUAUCUGUUUGUCAUUACAAUACCUGUAACUGUAGACAACUAAUGCUUUUUGUUUGACCAGAUGACUAAUAACUUAGUACAGUUACUAGACAAUGUUGUUAUUUGUGUACAUUUCAUGUCAUAUCAAUAUUAUUUAUAAUAUAUUUGUUUACACAGUUUGUAAAUAUUGUAUAAUAUUUACUAGGAAGGUUAAUAUGAUUUUGUAUAUUUUUAUAAAUAAAUCUGAUGCUAAUUGUUAUGUUCUAAA